AUGUUCCCUUUGGCUUGGGCUGUUUGUGAGGUUGAGAGCACUGACACAUGGAGUUGGUUUCUAGAACUUCUAGCUACUGAUUUAGGCACUAGUGAAGGAGCAGGGUACACAUUCAUGUCUGACCAACAAAAGGGUUUACUUGCUGCUAUGUCAAAUGUGUUUCCACAAGCUGAAAGUAGGGUGUGUGCAAGGCAUGUGUACUGUAACUUUAGGGGAGUGUUUGGAGGUGGUUUAGAGUACAGAAAACAAUUCUGGACUAUUGCAAAAAGCAACACAGUAAAUCACUUCAAUGAAAACAUUGAAGUAAUGAGGGGUAUUUCACAUGAAGCUGCUGAAGACCUACUGAAAAGGAACUACAAGAAAUGGUGUAGGGCAUUCUACACUCCAUUAUCUUGUUGUGACAGUGUAGACAACAACAUGAGUGAGGUGUUUAAUGCAUACAUCUUGAGUGCAUGGCACAAGCCUAUUAUUACCAUGUUGGAAGAUAUCAGAGAGGGUUUGAUGGAAAGACUGCAUAAGAAAAGAGAUUUCAUUGGGAAAAAGGAUAUAAUGUUGUGUCCUAGGAUCCAAAUUCAGUUAGAGAAACACAAAAUUUGGGCUAGGGGUUGGAAUGCAUACUGGGAUGGUGGGUUUUGCUAUGGAGUAAGAGAAGGUGCAACACAGGUUAAGUAUGUGGUGGAUCUGAACCAACAUACUUGCAGUUGCAAUGCAUGGCAGGUGAGUGGGAUUCCAUGCAAACAUGCGAUUGUUUCUAUAUGGAAUAAAGUAGACCACCCAGAACAAUAUGUCAAUGCAUAUUUCUGUAAACAGACCUACAUGAAGGCAUAUGAAUUUUUGUUAGAGCCUUUAAAUGGUCCUCAAGAGUGGCCUACUUCUGAUAGCAUUGUUGUGGCUCCAAAGGUGAAAAAGGUCAAUGGAAGACCUAAAACAAAGAGGAUAUAUGGUGUUGGAGAGGUAACUGCAUCUGGUAAGCUGAAGAGAACAGGUUGUUCUAUGAAAUGCAGCUUAUGUGGUGUGAUAGGCCACAACAAAAGGGGUUGCAAGAAUGCCCCUAAGCAACAACAACACAGCAACAAUCAUGCUACUGCAGAGCAGACCACACCACAGCAACAACACCCAAGAACCAGUUCAGCUAUACCAAUGCACAAUAGGGGUGUGGGUAUUUAUACCUACCCAAAUGGGUAUCAAAGAAUAGCUACUCCUAUAUCACAACAUUUCCCCACACCACAGAGGCAAAGACCUCCUGCAGCUUUCUAUUCUGAUCAUGGGGGUGAGCAAACCAUCUACUCCUUCCCUGCACAUGACUUCCCAUUGUCACAAACUCAACCAAGUCAAGGACACACAAGAUCAAGCCAAGCAUUGCAGGAUCUUGCAAUGGCUAGAAGAUUAGAAAAAAGACCAUGAGAAAAAUACCUUUUUGUUGAGAAGAGUCAGCUAUGGUGGAGCAACAGAGAAAAAACACAGAGCAGAAGAUGGAGAAGAAAGAAUUUUGUUUUUUAAGUGUUUUAUUGUUGUUUUGUUGUGCAUGGAAUGUUAAAUACUCUGUUUUUUGAGAGCCUCAACGGUUAUAUUUUUGUAAAAAGCUAACUGAAAUGAAUUUCCCUUUAUUUAAUUAUUGGUAAAUGGUAAAUGUAACUGUUUUUUUUGUCGUUUAGUGCCUUUUAUUUAGUUUCCUUUUAAUUUAAUUGAAUUUUAACGGCCGUUAGUGACGGAAAACAAAAAGCAGCGUUUUCCAUCCAUUUUGAGGGACCUAAAUGCUCCUUUUGAAACUUGAGGGACCUAACUGCUCCUUUUGGCAAAGUUUAGGGACCUCCAGA